AGAUAAAUAAAUAAAUAAAGGUAAAAAUAUGUUUCAGGCAUUUUAUCUGAUAAAAAGAGUCUCAUAUGUGAUUUUGCUUUUUUUCAUCACCAGGAAUUACCUCUUUGGUGGCUUCUCAAGCCUGCUUGGAGCUUCAGAGCUAGAUCGCUACAUCCCUAAACGCUCCAUCACCAUAUUUAUUGCUACAUGGAAUAUGAAUGGCAAGGAGCCUCCUCAGAACCUUGAGGACUUCUUGUUGCCAGAAGCACUUGAGCAGGUUCCUGACAUGUAUGUGGUGGGCACGCAGGAAUCUGGAGGCAGCCGAUCGGAGUGGGAGGUGCGGUUACAAGCAGCUAUUGGGCCAUCACAUGUACUCUUCACUUCUGCAAUUUUUGGUGUCUUGCAUCUCAUCAUCUUUCUCAGGAGAGAUUUACUCUGGUUUUGCUCAGUACCUGAAGAAGCAACUUAUAGCCUUCGACCUGGUGUGGCAUACAAAACAAAGGGAGGUGUUGGCAUUGGUUUUCAGUUCUUUGGUACAAGAUUGUUGUUUAUAAACUCUCACCUUACAGCACAUGAGGAAAAGCAACAGUAUAGAAUCCAGAAUUUCCGUAAUAUUUGUCAUUCUCUGGAUAUCCCACGUCUUCUGCCACACAAGUUCAAAAAUAAAGAUGUUACCCAUCGUUACGAUUGUGUCUUCUGGCUCGGUGACCUUAAUUUCCGUCUGGCAGUCAGUCGAGACCACGUGUUUGAAAGACUGAAGCAGCCUGGCCGUGAAGCAUAUGAGCAUCUGUUACAAUGGGAUCAGCUUUCCCAGGCACAACAAAAGGGUGAAGCAUUCACAGAAUUUAAGGAAGGAACAAUUUCUUUUCCACCAACCUUCAAAUAUGAUCCUGGAACUGAUCAUUAUGACUCCUCUUCUAAACAACGUGUUCCUUCAUACACUGACAGAAUUCUCUUCAAGAGUGGACGUGGCGCUAUCACUUGCUCCAGCUACAAUUAUUGUCCUCUUUUUAGGACCUCAGAUCAUAAGCCAGUGUCAGGGGUGUAUGAAUGCAAAAUUAGACCUGGAAAGGAUGAUGUGCCAUUGGCUGCUGGGAUGUUCAACAGGGAUGUGUAUCUCGAGGCACUGAGGCGCAGGAGGAGGUUCCUCUACCAGCCUUCUAUGAAAAACUGUCCUGUUCAGUGAGGAAGCAUCCUGAGACAGAAAAUAGGGAUAGUGUUUGUGUAGAACAUGGCAGUAAAUCUGUCAAGGGGCUGAGAUAGGUUUACCUCCAAGCAAUGAAAAAUGCAAUCUGUUUUUGUUAGAGUAAAUUGUUGUGCAAUAAUAAUAAUUUUGUUAUGUCUUUAUUACUGAAAAAGUCAUGGUGCUUUAAGAAGCAUACAUUAUGGUGCAAAUGCAGGAGCUAGUUUAGACAGAUAUUAUAUUAUUUUUCUUUUUAAUGGAUCUGGAAAAGUAGGAAAAUAUAAAUUUAAAUUUCAUUGUCACAUAUCUCUGUGCCAAAUUAGAAUCUCCUUAACUUUCAAGGAUGUCAUGAGAAUAUGUUUGAGUGCAUUUAAUCAGUGAUUGUUAAGGUAGAAUAAGAAAGGUCAACAGAUCUGUUUUUUGAAUCUCAGCUGAUAUUUUCAUAUGUAAUAUUUUCAUGAAAGACUGUUGUAUAGUUAUUGAAUCUUGCCAUCACUUCCUAUUGUGAUAUAUAAGCCUACUUAGAGUGACUUGUUUUCUUGUCUUUGGUGAACUCAAAAAUAUUUUUCAUAUGUACAGUAGUCAUGUCUUAUUUGGAAAGAGGGUUGAUGUGCCUGUUUUAGCACAAUUUGUGAAAUGAAAUGUGUUCAUAGACAUUUAGAACAGGUUAUCGUGCUGUAUGGUUUGUGAUAAAACUUUUGAUGUAUGUGAAAGACCUGCAGAUUGGAUUGGAUAUAUUUUAUCUUUAAAACUUUAUCAAGACUUAAUGCUUACCGUCCAUAAAAGCAAAGGGACAAUUUCUUAAAAAGGAGAAAAACAAGUAAAACAGUGGUUGAUAAGGUCAACAGAAGGGACAAAUUCACAUCAGGUCACAUAUCCUCUUUAAUGUGGAAAGUCACUUUAUUGAACUCAUCUGUGAUGUUUGAAGCAUUGUUGUAUAGGUAAAGUGAAUGAAGAAGUUAUUUAUCAUUUACAUUUGUUAUAUGUAAUGUUGGAAGGUUUUAAUGGUGGCGAAAAGAGUCCUGAUGCAGUGUCUUUUUUUUACAUACAUUACCUUGUGAACAUUCAGGUAGUGAGCAACAAUGCCUUUAAAUCAAAAUAUUUGAAUAAUCUAAGGUCCAUGAUUCGCUUGUUAUUAUUUAACGUGUAUUCAUGUCAUCAUGGUAGUUGCCACCCAGUGUGCUGAAAAUUUUUCUGCCUCUUCAUUCAGUUUUACUAUAUUUUAUUUAUCCCACUCUGAAAGCAAAUGCAAAAUUUAUAUCCAAAACAUCUGUUUAGAGCUUUCUUUUUAAAAAUGUGUUAUUUGUUUCCCCUGUAGCGUGUUAUUAUUUUUCAGUUUAUGUUUAUGACUAGGCAAUUUCUGUACCUGUUCUUUAUAAACAUACACAGUACCUUUUAUGCAUCCGAUGCAAUAUUCCCUGAUAUUUAGAAUGUAUUUUAAGAUGUAGGUUUUUCCUAAAUUUGUUUAUUAUUAAUAAUUGUGAAAAAUAUUUUACUCCAGUGAAUAUUCACUCCAAUGAAUAUUAACAACAGAUUUAUUUGGUCUGGGAAAAAAGGUUUUCUCAGACUUUUUAUAUAUAUAUGUUGUAAUCUCAAGCACUUUGCAUAUGUCAUCCCAUUUCUCUUUUUUUCCUCUUUUGUUUGGUCUCCUCUACUUUCUGUUCAUUCUAAUAUUAUUUUAUCUCUAUUCCACUCUGCCCUAUUAUGCUCUCCAUUACCUAGCCACCAUUUCAUUUUCCUAUUAUUAGUACUUUCAUGCACAUUUUAUAUCAUUUUAUUUCUAGGAAUGCAGGUAUCCUGCAUUAGUUACUGAAAUUCAAAAUUCAAAGUUAACAAAUAAAGAAUUGAUAGCUUACUUUGCAGUGAAAUAGGAAAGACAUCAUGUUUGCAGCUUUUCUUUUCUGUGAUCUCAAGAUAUGUACAGUUAUUGUUCAUAAAAUGUUCAGCUGAAAAUGAAGAAUACACACAUAACUCCCUUUUAGUAAUAUAGUUUAAUAUUAAUAAAUAGUAUGAAAUGUCAUUACCAGUACCCAGGCAAGAGUAAAUUGAUUUUUCUUUUCAGCAAUACAGAAGACGAGGGAUACUUGUAUCACAGAUAGAAAUUUUAGUUCACUAGUAUUUUUUUAAUGUAAUGAUUUCUUUAUUGUGAUUUUUUACAUUAAUUAAGCCUGUCAGACAGUAGCAUAUCAGUCCAAUCUAGUCAUCUAGGUUUAUAUAUGUAUUUAUUGACAACUCACUACUUUGUGUUUAUGAGCAGGUAAUGUGAACUGCCAUGAGCAGUGGAAUAUUAGGAAUUUCUCUCAGGACUUCCUAAUACAUAUUUGCAUUAAUCACAUUGCUAUUUGUAGGAGUUUGAAUGAUAAUGUAAAAUUCAGAAAGUUCAGCAAAUUGAAAAGAAAUGUUUGAAAAGUUCAAGAGGCAGAUUUUGUUUUUGUUUUUGUUUUUUAGAUUUGAAAUUCAUCAUGUUUUUAAUCAAAGUUUUAUUCUGACAGUAAUAUAGGUGCAAUAGUAUGUUAUGAAUGAGUUAGCACUUGGGGUUUUAUCUGUAGACACAACUAAUAGUGUACUUUGCAUAUUUGCCUGAAAAUGUUAAGGCAUCAAGUACUAGGAAAAAAUGCAAAUGUUGGAAAUUCCUCAUUUAACAUAUUAGAAGAUUAAUAUUCAGACUUCCUCUUGCAUUAGUAAAGAUUUGGUAACUAAAGUUAGUGCAGUACUGAACUAUAUAUUAGCUAUUAUGUAUCAGAUUAUAGUGUUGGGACUGAUGGCAUGGAAUUAGCUCAGUACCUCUAAUAUGCAUUUAAGUAAGUCUCAUAAAGGUAAGCAUGCAAACACUGUAUUCCAACCAAGAUUGUUCUUUGUCUUAUAAUAUUAAGGUUAUAGUUCUGCACAACUAAUAGAUGAAAAAAAAAAUUGCUCACACUCCUUCCAAUUUUAAUAAGGGUAAUUGUAGUUUUGCUAUCAAAAGAAUUGUUUAAAGGAUGUUUUAAUAACUUAUAUAGAUUAUUUUGUUUAAGAUCAUGUUAUUAGCAUAGGAAUUUUGCCACCAAAAUUUGCACAGUAGUGUUCACAAGAUAGAUAGAAUGAUUUUUAUGGUUACAUGUUUCUGGUGUUGAGAAUAUUUGACAUUAAGCAGUCUUUAAGAUAAUACUAUUGCAACCUAUAUUGAAUAUCUAUGAUAGUUAUGCUUUAAUGGAGGAAUAGUUGAUGAACUAUGAAGUCAGUCAACUUGUAUGCCUUCAUGCAUAAGAAAGGCAGUGACGAGAUUCAUCAUACAAAAAUGUUUUAUUUUAAUAAAUACGCUGUUUUACAAAUGUUAUUUUGCCUUAAAAGUAAAUUUGUAUUGUGGGUAUUUUUAUGUCAUAGGCUGUGUUGUAUUAUUUUUUUGAAGCAAGUAAACAAUUUUGUGAAUCUUUAAAGUCAUGAAGAGGAUUUCAAGAUCAUAUUUUUUUAAGGAAUUAGUUAUAAAGCUUUAAGUGUUAUAAUCAUUGUAAACUCUACUUUCAUGAAAUCUACUUAUCAAAAUCUUGUUUCUGUUAUGGAACAAAUUAAAAGAUGAUAAUAUA